AGGCGGGAUAGGAAGAGGAGGAAGGAACUCCUUUUUGCCGGGGAUGUAGGGUGAGGCGGUGUGUGUGUGCGUGUGUGUGUGUGUGUCAGGGUAGCAGGGUGCAUGCACAGAGAGGCGGAGGGAGCGCUAUACCGCAGUAUCACUACAUUUCUGCACCACUCAUCAAAACUCUGCGGCAUGCAGACAGGAGCUGGGGGGAGGGCACUCAUUAAGUCUGUUCUUAGCGCUGGUCUGCUGUCUCUACUGGUCUUACAGGAUUCCCCACAGUAGAGAUUUCGCCUUCAUUUCUGAUCAGAAUUAUUAAAUAGCCGGUGCUCCUUCCAGCAGCGCAGAAGCACAAACCACUGGGUAAUUGUUGCAGCUCCUUUCCUUAGAACUUCAGAGGUGGGAUAAAAAAAAUGGCAAAUGGAGAUAAAGGAGGAUGGAAAGAGUUUAUGUGGAACCCGAGGACCAGGGAGUUUAUGGGCAGAACAGCCAGCAGCUGGGGUCUUAUCCUUCUUUUCUACUUAGUCUUCUACAUCUUCCUUGCUGGCCUGUUUGCUCUCACCAUGUACAUCAUGCUGCAGACCCUCGACGACCACAAACCGACCUGGCAGGACAGACUCGCCACACCAGGAAUGGUCAUCAGGCCAAACACGGACGAAACCUUUGAGAUUGUCUACAACAUCCAGAACACUGAGAGCUGGGACAUGUACGCUCAGGCACUGGACAAGUUCCUGGCACCCUAUAACGACUCCCUCCAGGCCCAGAAAAACCAUGAAUGCACCCCAGACCAGUACUUCCUGCAGGAAGACAGCGGUGACGUGAAGAACAACCCAAAGCGCUCCUGUCAGUUCAACCGCACCAUUCUUGAGGAGUGCUCUGGACUCGAGGACCGUUACUAUGGUUACCGGGAGGGCAAGCCAUGCAUCAUCAUCAAGAUGAAUCGGGUGAUAGGGAUGUUGCCAGGGAAGCAUGGACAGACUCCAUCAGUCACCUGUGCUGCUAAGAGAGACGACUCUGACAAACUGGGAGAGCUGGUUUACUUUCCACCAAAUGGCACUUUUAACCUCAUGUACUACCCGUACUAUGGCAAGAAAGCUCAGGUGAACUAUUCUCAGCCUUUGGUUGCCGUCAAGUUCCUUAACAUCACUGUCAAUCAAGAAGUCAACAUUGAGUGCAAGAUCAACGCUAACAACAUUCCCGUCGGAGGAGAAAGAGACAAGUUCGCUGGGCGAGUUUCCUUCAAGUUGAGGAUCAACACUAUUAACUAGAUUAACCCUGGAGCCUACUUUUCUUCAUUCUCUGCAACUCUGCACAUUCACAGAAAAAAGCAGCAUUCUCACCCUUUUUUUUUAGGAUUUGUUUACAGCCCCUACUCAACUCUCCUUUAGGGUAGGGCGGCAAUUGUUUCCAGCUGUGUGACAUUUGGGAGAAAAAAAAAAGGGUGCUAAUCCUGUCUCUGUUUCUGUCUGUGAGCAUUUGGGCGAAUUCUUUUCUGUAAAUUAGUUUGAGGUAUUUAUACUGCAUGAUAACCUAGGAAACAUUUGGGUGCGUUUUCAAAAUUUGCAAAGACCAGCGACAUCAUCUCAGUAUUUCAGCUCUCCACCUGCUGCUCCUCUUUGCAGAGCAUCCCCCUUAUAUACAUGAAUAUACACAAACUACAGUUCCGACGUGUAUAUUUACCGUAUUUAUAAAGUUGUAUCAGAAUGUCUAUCAUUGCACUUGAAAGGAAUAAUGCACAGACUUGCUUAUAUCCUCAAGAAUGGAUGAACGGGUGGAUGCAGAGGUGACACCAUUUGCAUGUGUGUAUCGUUCUUGGCGUGCUGAGAGAGCAGGAGGUUUCUGCGCUGCACCUUUUAUCCUCAGUGACAGUUGUGUUGAGUGACUGACCACCAGGAAGGACCACACUGUCAGCUUUAAUGCUGAGCGUGUGCUUGUUACUUAAAAAAAAAAAAAGCAUUAAGAAUCCAAAAAAAGAAGGGUGAAGUAGUCCGCAGGGGUCAAGAGGACGGAUGUGUGUGUUUUUGUGAAAAUGUUCACAUUUUGCUUUCAUACUGUAGGUCGGGAAGUUGCAUGCAAUGUGCAAUAUUCAUUAAUUGGCAUACAUUAUGAAUGCUUGCGUCCAUUCAUCAGAUGACUCAUAUUAAUUAGUAAUCGUUUUGGAUCGUGUCAUAUUCACACUGCUGCUCUGAGCGGACACAGGAACAGACAGGAUUCAUAUUUAUAAUAACAUAAGUGGUCAGAUUAGUCAUUUAAUUAAAAACUGCACACUUCAGUCAUGUGCCAGACUUUUUAGGAGUCCAGCCUAAAAUGAUUUAACUUCAAACUUCUAUGGUCACUUACUGGAUAAAUGGAAUUGUCUCUUAAAUUACCCAGGAAAGCAUGAAUUAUUUAUUAACAAACACUUUCAGUCUACAUUUUAUUAUAAGGUUAUCUUAAUUCAAAUCAUUUAAAAAGCAAAUAUUAAAAGUCAUUUUUAUCUAUAUUUAUUUGUACAAAUAUUAGCAUUUUUUUAUUGUUUUGCAAUGAAAGUGUGCAUUUUUUCUUCUUUUAUGAAGAUGAGUUGAUUUAUUUUCUUUAAUAUUUUGAAAGAGAAGGACGUAGAAAGUCAGAGUUGGUUCCCUAUAGUUGUCGUAGUCGUCAUCUGGAAUAUCUUAUUUGAGAAAUUAGGAUGUGUGGUUUGUGUCUGACUGACUAAGAGUGAAAAUAUAGUUCAUUAGAUGAAUUUGUAGGUUUGUGGAAAGACGAUAACUGGAGAUGUACUUCUUUCAGAAUUACACAUUUAUUCCGUUUUUUUUUUCUGUUGGCUCAUCAGUCUGGAAGUUUGUAUUCUGCCGCUUUUAUUUUUAUUUUUUGUAAAAAAAAAUGUUUUUGCUGGACAAACUAGUAGAGUCCCUCUUUAACAAUCAUCCUUAAACCAACUGUAUGGGGAUUCUGUCUUGUUGUUUCAGCAAAGAUUUAUAAUCAUCCAAACUAGAUUGAAAGUGAUGAUCAGCUCUGAUAUGAUAAUCUGUGUCAUUUAGAUUUACGGAUGUGCUUUAACUGGCUUUUAUUUUUAUUUAUUUAUCUUAAGCUUUUUGAGACCACACAUACCAGUUCACAGAAACUUCCCCUCCCUGAAACACUUACUUAAUUUCUCUGUAAUCUUUUAAUCUGGUCAGCUAAUCCAGAGCAGGCAUGCUGAACUUCUUUACCCCACUUUAUCGCCCCUCUUCCUCGUGUCAAACGCCCGCUUCAAUUCUCUGACAUCUUUUUUUUUUUAUGUUUUUUUUUCAGUAAACUCAAACCUCCAGUCAUAAUCAGAUUCAGCAACACUGGCUUUACUUAUCAUUGAUUUAUUAAAUUUUUGUGCACAUUUGAGGAUUGGCCACUUUCAACCAAAGAUCCUUACAACAUCUUAAGUUGUAUUUAUUUUUGGUGCACUGAAACAUCCUCAGUUGCUGGUUUUACCAUAGGAUCCCAGCUGGAGGGCUUAAAAACCCUGACGUUGUUGGAUAUCACGCACAUAUGGAGCAUGUAACUCUACAACAUAUCAGUGCCUCCUGGUGGACAGACAGGGUUAUUGUCACUGGAAGUUUUUUUUUCUUUCUUCUUCUUUAAUUCGUUAUAUUUCCUAUUUUUUCUGUGAUAGUUUAAGAUGUUCCAAAAGAGCAAUAUAUUUCUUUCCUGUGUGAAUGUAUGACUAAUUAAUAGAGAGGCUUGAAUGAAACUCUAGCAAUGAGUGUCAUCAAGAGCAACAGAAAAAGAAAAAAAAAAAAAACGGGUUUAUGAUGGAAUAUUUUUAUUGUCUUGAGGGGUAAAUCUAUGAGCUCGGUUUAAAAGUGUCUGGAAAGGUUUUUUCUCUAUUUAGUGCACUUAAUUAAGCAAAAAUGUUAACACUUUUUUUUGUUUUUUGCAAUAAUUCAAAUCUGUUCUGCAUAUAAGUAUCUAAUUUAUUGCUAGAACCCUGGAAGUCCUUUAAAACAGAAAAUGUGAAAGAGAGCCUCCUGAUCCAGCCUCAACUGGGAAAGAACUGCAACAAAGCUGAUUGCCUUUGCCUGCACAUAUCCUCCAAACUGCACUGUUGCUUAAGAAUGUGGGGAAAGGAUUGUUCAAGAAUGAAACCAAAUCUGUUCAAACCCCCCUCAAGCAGAUAAAAAUGUUGCAAAUAUUGAUUUAUUUUUCUGCUGCAACUCUAUGUAUAUUUUUGCUCAUGUUUAUUGUAAACCAAGAUAUAGAAAUUAAUAAAUAUCAUUUAAGGGAACUCAAACAGUA